AGGCCACACAAGCUCUAACUGCUCUGGGAAAAAACUGCAUCAAGAGCGAAUGGUUUUAAGUCGGGAUUGAAAUGAAAUGAGGCAAAUGUAUUUAUUGACCAAGCAGUGAAUCACACCACACAGGACUUCUGGAAUAGUUUUGUAUCUUUCUUGCACCCGUAUCGCAACACAUUUUUUAAUAAAAAAUAUAUUUUAAUACAAUGUAUCAUGACCAUUGUUGGCCUGCGCGUCGUGUCAUAUUUAUUAGUUAUGUAGGUCUCGUUUGGCCUUUUUUUCGGUAGGUGUGCCAAGCAGCUGCUGUUGUGCAAAUGAUGUGCGGAUUCCUGCACACAGUCGCUUUCGACAGCUGAAAGGAGCUCGCUUGUUUCAGGAAACAGAGUGAGCUUCCCGCCCUCUCUGAAUCUGAACUCUCGUGUGAGAGGACCGAAUAGCAAGCAUGGAGGUGGACACUGCGUUUGUCAAAUCCAAGAGGGGGAUCCUGAAAGUAGCAGAGAUGGGGACUCUGCUCGUGGCCUUUGUGUGUUUCGCAGCAGCAUCCAGACCAAAGUUCAUUACAGCCACAGUUUUGGAGUUUGUGAUCACUUCAUUGCUGUUGUUGCUGUACAUGUUCAAACUCAACAAAAGGCUGACCUUCUUCUUCUGGCCUCUCAUCGAUGCUUUUAAUUCAGCUUUUGCAGCAGUCUACUUCAUUGUCUUAAGCAUACUGGCUGUGACUACAUACACAGUCACAGGCACGCUGGUUGGAGGGGUCGUUGGUUUCCUCUCGGCGGUGCUGCUGUGUGUGGACUUCUACGUGCUUUUCCAGAACAUCACAUUUAACAAACCGAGAAGCGAGAAUCAGAGUAAUGAAAAGCCGUGAAUGCAUUAAUAACAUGACAUGUAUACACUGAAUUCACUUGUAUGUCUCAACGCUUGUGUCCGUUUUCACCACAUCAUAAUUUCAGUUUUUGUAAUUGAUAAUGCAAAUUGUUUUUUGAAAAAUGUUGCCAAUAAACUACUUUCCUUGGCUUGGUGA